AUGUUUAAAAACAAAUCAGCUUGGUUCUCAGACAGUGUAAAGAGAGAUACUGUGAGGUUUUGGGAGUCUCAGGGUGGUGUUAUCACAGACUGGAAAACAGCUGAGUAUCUUUUCAGUGAGGACUCCACCUGUCCUGACACCAACAGGAUCCACGUGAGUGAUGAGUACGUGACGGAUCGUGCCACGGUGUUUCACAGCGCCUACCUCUCUACCUGUAAGCUGAGGCAGAGCACCAAAUCUGUGCCGCUUGGUCAUUAUCUCCUGCCUCCUGUUUCUGUACAGAAAGAGGUGAAAGCCAGGUUUGGAAGGUUCAUAUGGGAGCGUGAUGAGAUCCUAGGAGUGGGUAUUUCACAUGGAAACACUAGCACUGAACAGAUUUUGAUUGUUCAGCCUGAUGCUAAAGGAAGUCAGUCAAAGAGAGAAAAGAAAAGUGAAGCAUCUCUCAGGCAGGAGAAGUGUAUGGACACGUCUUCAUCGACAGACGAAGCAGUUUGUUGUGAGGCGCAGCUCUAUCCUGUGAACAACAUGGUGUCAGGUUAUGUCCAUAUCGAUCAGCUAAGCAAGUUCUCAGGAGAGCUUCAGGACUUCCUUCCGUCCCGCUCAGGUUAUUCAGUCUCUAGAUCGCGCAGGAGAAGAUUUUCUUAUCAUAAUAAAGACGGACACUGACAGGAGUUGGAACGUUUUAAAAGCUUUAAACUAGAAAUGUAUAAGUUUGCACUGAGAAAUUGAAGUACGACAAG